AAGGGGCAGGUACACCCUUAAACCAUUAAACCACGAGACACAUCAAAAAGUGAUAGACUCACUCAACCAGCGACGCACCCAGAGAGCGCCUAGCUCUAGCCCUGGUUUCACCCAAAGCCAAAGCCAAAGCCAUAGCCAUGGACUCAACACCAACGACCCCGCAACCUCUCCCUCCGCUCUCCAUCAAAUCCUCUCCUCGCAAACUCCCCAUCAAACGCAAAACCCCCCACCACCACCACCCUGACUCCUCUUCCUCUAAACCUAACCCUAAUUUCCUCUCCCCCAAACUCGAAUCCCCACGAGACGACGAAAGCUCCGCCGCCGCCAAAACGCCGCCAUUCAAAUUCCACCGAAUAUGGACCGAGCCCGACGAAAUCCGAUUCCUCCAAGGCCUCCUCCACUGCAAUUCCCAGGGUCUCUCCUUCCCCAAAGACCUCCACCUCUUCUUCGACCAGUUCUCCAAUUCCAUGUCUCAGCCUUACACCAAAUCCCAGCUCUCCGAGAAGCUCCGCCGCCUCCGAAAGAAGUUCCGAGUCAUUUCCGCCAGACUCGCCCGCGGCCUCAACCCUUCCAUGCUCUCACCUCACGAUCGCGCUCUCUUCGACCUCUCCAAGUCCCUCUGGAGCCCCCAAAUCCAAUCGUUUGAUGCCAAUGCCGAUGAUGAUAAUGAUGAUGAGGAGGAGAACGAGGAGUUUUGCGGUGGUCUGGGAAUGGGGGUGGUGGGGGCAAAGGCCGUGUUGGAUGUGUUUGAUCAGUGUUUGAAGGAGGUUCGGGCGGUUCUCCUUCGCCGGGGGCUGCUUCUAGCAGACAAUAAUAAGUCUUCUUCGAAAGCUAUGGACUUCGAGAGGCGGUGGCAGGAUCAAAGGGUGGCGGAAUUGGAAGUUUUCGCUCGCCGAUUGAGGUUGGUUCUCGACAACUCUCUUCGUAGGCAAUGAGUAUCGGUUUUGUGUUCUGGGGUUUUGGUGAUUUGUACAUGUCAUUGUAGAUAGGUUGUCUUAGCAUUUUGUGUUGAUAUCUUGUUAAUGGAUAUUGCUCUUUAUUAAUGUAUUUGAUUGAUUUUAUCAACGUGCUUAUUUUACUUCAAUUUCUGAUUCAAAUGUGAAGUUUGAGAUUUGUGUUAGAGCAGGGUUUUAAUUUGAUCUUAGAUAGAGAGGCAGAAAUUGUAAUGAAGAAAAUCCAGACAGUGGAUUUUCAAUCAUCCAUUGUUAUUUCAUGUUCUGAUAAAUUGUAGUACAGUGCGUAAAUCCGGUUACAUGUUUUGUAAUUUUGUAACAGAUUGUGCAAU